CACAUAAUAGGUAUUGUAAACUUUGGAGAAAUAAUGAAAGACCUUAUUCAUAGGUUCCGGAUUUCCUAAAUUUGGCUGCAAUUCGAAGGUUAACCUGUGUAGUUUCCGCGCGUGUGUAAUGAACGAAGCAGCAGCAACAGCUAGGCUUUCCAGUGGUGGCGGCGGUGUGGUUCGCUUUCCGUUAUCUGCAUCCACAUCUAUGGUCAUUCAGAAAGGGGACAUCACCAAAUGGUUCAUCGAUGGUUCAACUGACGCAAUAGUAAAUCCUGCAAACGAGGGAAUGCUCGGUGGUGCUGGUGCCGAUGGAGCUAUACAUAGGGCUGCUGGCCCAGAACUUUUUGAAGCAUGCUUCAAUAUCCCUGAAGUCAGACCCGGAAUUCGGUGCCCAACAGGGGAAGCAAGGAUCACACCAGGUUUUAAGCUACUUGCUUCUCAUGUUAUUUACACUGUUGGCCCAAUCUACUUUGCUGAUAGUAAUCCUGCUGCCUCUCUAGCAAGUGCUUACAGGAAUACUUUGAGGGUUGCAAAAGAAAACAACAUUCAGUAUAUAGCAUUCCCAGCUAUAUCAUGUGGUGUCCAUGGAUACCCUUAUGAUGAAGCUGCUACUGUGGCAAUUUCUACCAUCAAAGAGUUCCGAAAUGAAUUUCGAGAGGUCCACUUUGUUCUGUUCUCGCCUGAUAUUCAUGACAUUUGGUUAAAUAAGGCAAACGGGUUGCUGAAAGAGUAGUGUGCUCCAUCUUGUAAUCAGCCCACACAAUUGAACACAAUCAUCUAAACUCCUGCAACAAGUUUAAUAGAUGUGUUUUCUUAAUAGAUGUUUACUGAUUCUCAUCUACGUCUUGUAAUAUCUAUCUAGUUUGCAUAUGCAUCAAAGUUAAUGUAACAAAGGUGAAGAGAAGAAUAAACAUUACAUAUCUAUUUACUACUAAGAAACAAAGUUAAUUAGGUGACAAAUGUACUUGAAUAAGCCACCCCGCUUAAGUUUUAUAUUAAAAUACUUCCUUUUU